CCCCGGUCAAGCAUGUCAUUUAUUGUACUCCAAGUAGCACUCCCCAGUACUCCCAGUACUCCCAGUAACGCCCCCGUACUCCAAUUCUGACUCCAACUAACUCCAACCUACCACUAACGACUGACUUUAUCCUUUUUGGUCCUUUUUGGUCCUCACUGAUCGUCGCAUACCCCAACAACUAACAACCACCUCUCUUCCUUCUUCCCAAAAAACCAUAUCCCCCAACAAACAUCCAACUGAGCGCAACGACACAACCCCAAGGCCAAAUCGACUCUUCGUCUCAUCACAACUAUUCUCUAUAUACUAUACUAUACAGUCUCGAUCUGAGCGUGCCAGCCUCACCAGCUGAAUUUCAUUACUCCCGAAAUUCUUAGCCAAGAACUCCAAGCAACUCACCAGUACCUCUUCGCCGGCACAUCCGUCUCCCCCAAAAGUCUUUACAGCCUCAGCCUCAGCCUCACCUGUCCAGCCGAGUCCACGGCUCUAUUACACCUUCAACCCGCCGGAGCCAAUAAUUGUCCCGAAACCCGCUAUUGAGGACCUCAGUCUCUCGCUGCCUCGCAGUCCACUUGCAGGCGGCGGCACGCCCACGAUAUUCCUCGCCUGAUGCCUCACUUCACUCCCGGGGCAGUUGUUGACAAUGAAAUCGCAGACAGCUUGAGGCGACAGUCUCAACUCUCGUCCAUCGGAAAAGCUGCAAUCAUGAGUAAUGUAGUCGCCGUGGACACUUCCAAUGAUCACCACUCCAACAAAGAGACGCGCGAAAUCAGACCAACGUCCCAUGGCCUGGUACCGUCGCCAUCUAUCCCCAAUGGCCUGGUGCCGUCACUAUCCAUAGCCCAUGGGCUGGUACCGCCACCAACUCUUCCCCAUGGACUGGUCCCGCCGAUACCUAUUCCCCAUGGGCGUGUCCAUCCGACGAUUCCAAACGGCCAUGGCUGCGGCUCACACGAUGCUGGGAGUCACACCCCAAGCGAGGCUUCUGUUGGCAGUACUCCAUCGACAGCACCCGGUAGCCCUCAUCUCAUGCCAAUUAGACAAAACUCGGGUUCGAGCACACCUCGGACACGACCUCCUGCAACAACGCUUAAUAUUCCUGGGAUGACACGGUCCAGGGUUUCUCCCGAUGGCCGUAUUGCAGAGCGAGAUGUGGCAUCCAAAUUGGUGAUUAUAAUGGUUGGUCUGCCAGCAAGGGGGAAAUCGUACAUUACCAAGAAAAUACAACGGUAUCUUUCAUGGCAGCAGCACAACAGUCAGAUCUUCAACGUUGGUAAUCGACGACGAGUGGCAGCUAGUGCCCAACCAGGGUCAUCCAACCUUACAGCCCAGAUACAAGCCCGAGCAAAAGCAAUGACAAACACGGAUGCUCUCCCAGAGACUUCCAAAGUCUCGGGCACAAUGGAUGGACCCACCCAGGCUGCACAUAUACUUCUCAAUGGAGUCGAACCUAGCCAAAACCAAGAGUCGGCUUCUCGAGACCAUUCGGAGGAACCCAAGGCACCGAUGGAGCCCUUUGACCAGAGUGCAGAGUUCUUUGACCCCUCUAACGCGCGAGCGUCCCAGGUGCGAGAGCAGGUAGCCAUCUCGACACUCGACGAGCUACUUGAUUAUCUUUUACUCCAGGGCGGGUCUGCUGGCAUUUUAGAUGCAACGAAUAGCACACUUGAGCGACGAAAAAUGCUGUUCAAUCGCGUCAAGGAACGGGAUUCCAAGCUUGGCAUACUAUUCAUCGAAAGUAUCUGCGAAGACCAAGGGCUCCUGGAAGCAAAUAUGCGUCUGAAGCUAUCUGGCCCAGACUAUAAAGGCAAGGACCCAGUGACGUCCUUGGAAGAUUUUAGAAAACGAGUUGCGGCCUAUGAAAGCGCAUAUGUCCCGCUCGGCGAGUAUGAAGAAAAAAUGGGCAUCCAAUAUAUUAAGAUGAUUGAUGUUGGACGCAAAGUCAUACACCACCAAUUGAAGGGGUUUCUAAGCGGAGGAAUAGCCUCAUACCUAACCACGUUCAAUCUUUCCCCGAGACAGAUCUGGAUUACCCGCCAUGGAGAAUCAUAUGAUAAUAGGGAAGGAAAGCUCGGUGGAAAUUCCGACAUUACGCCAGAGGGUCGCGCUUAUGGUGCUGUCCUGUAUAACUUCAUGACUCAGAAACGAAAGGAUUGGCUGGUAGAGCAAAAAGACAAAAUUUUGUCCUCCAGCUUUCCACCACAACCUGGAGACAAUACACCUCCGUAUCCCGAGAGCCGCCUCGGCGAGCUCGACGAAAAGAAUUUCUGCAUCUGGACAUCAAUGCUCAAGAGAAGCAUUCAAACAGCAGAAGAUUUCGAGGCCGAUGACGAUUAUGACGUAAAGAACUGGGAAAUGCUCAAUGAGCUGAACGCGGGUGAUUUUGAGCGACUCACAUAUGAGGAAAUAGAACACAAUUUCCCGCUGGAAUUCAACAAACGGAAGCAGGAUAAGCUCCACUAUAUCUAUCCUGGAGUAGGAGGAGAAGGCUACCUUCAAGUUAUCAGUCGACUUCGGGAUAUGGUGAGAGAGAUCGAGAGAAUUACCGAUCAUGUCCUCAUCAUUGGACAUCGCUCCAUUGCCCGAGUCCUCAUGGCUUACUUCAUGGACCUAACCCGAAACGACAUCGCUGAUCUUGAUGUCCCCCUUGGGAUGUUAUUUGUCAUUGAGCCGAAGCCUUACGGUGUGGACUUCCAUGCGUACAAAUAUAAUGAAGAGAGCCAAUGGUUUGACGAGGUGAAGGACUACAAGCCUCACAAGGAAACACGAAAAGGGAAUUAAUUAGUCGACUUGAGUUAACAAAAGAAGGGUGUUUGAUUGCCACACAGGUAGUAGUUGCAGGAGUUAUUGGUAUGAUUCGUGGCGUGGAGUAAUGGGCAGCUUGGGUUAAUGCGCACACAUGGAGGGAAGGGACUUGUUUUUCACGCAAUUACUUAGAUUUUGGAGUUCGGAAUUAAUGUAGACAGGGUAAUAUGAAAUGAUUCAUAUAUAUGGCCAAGUUAAUUGCCCUAAGUAGCUUGUGUAAGCCCAUAUUGUUAGAAUAAAUAAAUAUAUACUAAGUUAUGAAGAGGACGGACAGUUUAUCCUACCUAGGAUGGUUUAAUGGUUUUAAACAGGCUUACAUAUAUUUUUCACACAAAUAGCAGAAC